AUGUCUAUUUUAACCUAUUCUCAAACUCCUUUCCCUCCAUCCUGUGCUCCGAGUACAGACUGCCUUAGCCCUUAUAAUGACGUGAGCACUCAAAAUGGCUCAUCCCAGCCAGAGAACGUGGCUGGAUACAUAACACACGUGCCAGGAGAUCCCGCUGUCAGUCUCCUCUCUGACGAUGUUCAUGCCCAUCUGUCUCGUCACCUAGAGAAUCCCCUCCUGGACGAGCUUUACGAGAAGCUCUGGGCUGUUGCCAAGAAGUCCAGUCGAAACAUCGACCCGCUCCAUACGCAAAAGGUCAAAGGCCGAAGCAUUAUCCCUACCGAAGAUCCCAGACUCCAUCUCACCUGGCACUGGGACAGGAUCUAUAUAAAGCCCGUUCCUGUGUUCCUACUUAACUACGAAUUUUGGACAACAUAUCUUCAGCCUUCGUCAUCUUCAGGCUUCAACGGCUCGAUUGCAGUUGGAUUCUUGCGGUCGUAUGCUUUGCUCCUUCAAUGGUCAAAAUUCAUCAGCCACUUCCGCCAUCUCCCUGAUGAGAGCGUCGCGAGGCGAUAUCGCUACGGACAGUUACGACUUUCCCGGCUCAACUGGGCCGUCCGAAUAUUCCGCCCACAACACACGAGGACGGUGUGGUUCUACGAGAUCCCCCAUUGGUCUAUCUCCAGCUUUAUGUCGAGGGCGAUUGUGCCUCUGUUGUUCGUGUUUGCCGGUAUAUCCCUUGCCCUGUCAUCCAUGCAAGUUGCACUCUCGGUACCGACAGACGACCCCUGGUUUCAUGGACUGGGCGAGUCUGGACUACAAAACGUAGGCCGAGCGUUUUGGGCCCUCUUGCUUCGCAUUCCAAUUGCUAUCCUGGUAUCGCAAGUUUCAUGGGGACUUGCGAGAGAGAGGCGACGUGCGGGGGUUACUGCCGACCGCGGCCGCGAAUGCUCAGAAUGA